GCAGUGGAGAGGAGGGUAAUCUUACUUGGGCAGGAUCUGAAUCAGUAACAUGAAAACACCUUGAUACUAUGAAACAUACACUGUUUAUUCCAGAGACUGAUGCAGAGUAUCUACUAACACAGAGGAAGUAUUUGUAGAUUGUACGUAUACUGCAGGAAUAAAAACAAAGAGUGUGUCCAGUCCUGUGUGCUGCUGCUGUGAAGAAGCUCCGCCCCUCAUGUGACUCACCUGAGACAAACCAGGAAACAAGUUUUUAUUCUGCCUGAGUCACUGAGAGAAGACACACAGUCAGAGAUGGACGAUAAGAUUCACCUCUGGACCAGAAGCACCACUUCCACUACCAGAGGACAGCUCCAGGAGGGAAUACUGGGAAUACUGGGAAUACUGACUGCUCACACUGAACCAGAGUUUUACAGCAACAAGGACUCAAAGUGAAAGUAACUCUGAGGGAACAGGAAGUGGCUGAGCUGUCUGCCUGCUGUGUUCACAGCGUCACUCAGAGACAAAAUGGCUUCCAGAUUAGAGGACGAUCUCUGCUGCCCUGUUUGCUGUGACAUGUUCAAAGAUCCUGUCAUCCUGUCAUGUAGCCACAGCUUCUGUAAAGACUGUCUGCAGAACUGGUGGACAGAGAAACCAGCACGUGAGUGUCCAGUUUGUAAGAGAAGACACUCAAAGGGCUUAGUACCUCCUAACUUGGCUCUAAAGAAGCUGUGUGAGAGUUUCUUACAGGAGAGAGAUCAGAGAGCUUCAGAGGCUCUCUGCAGUCUGCACUCUGAGAAACUCAAACUCUUCUGUCUGGACCAUCAGCAGCCAGUUUGUCUCGUCUGCAGAGAUUCAGAAAAACACACCAACCACAGAUUCAGACCCGUCGAUGAAGCUGCACGACAACACAAGAAGGAACUUGAGGAAACUCUGGAGCCCUUAAAGGAGAAGUUAAAGGUUUGUGAACAAGUUAAAGUGAAGUGUGAACAAACAGCAGAACACAUGAAGGUCCAGGCCCGACGCACAGAGAGGCAGAUUAAGGAGCAGUUCAAGAAGCUUCACCAGUUUCUAGAGGAGGAAGAGGAGGCCAGGAUGGCUGCACUGAGGGAGGAAGAGGAGCAGAAGAGUCAGAUGAUGAAGGAGAAGAUGGAGGCUCUGAGCAGAGAGAUAGCAGCUCUUUCAGACACAGCCAGAGCCACAGAGGACGAGCUGAGAGCUGAAGACGUCUCAUUCCUGCUCAACUACAAGGCUGCAGUGGACAGAGUCCAGCAGCGCCCCCUGCUGGAUGAUCCACAGCUGCUCUCAGGAGCUCUGAUAGACGAGGCCAAACACCUGGGCAACCUGACCUUCAACAUCUGGAACAAGAUGAAGGACAUGGUCUCCUACACUCCUCUGAUCCUGGACCCAAACACUGCUGGUCCAUAUCUCAUCCUGUCUGAAGAUCUGACCAGUGUGAGACGAGGACAGAGACAGCAGCUUCCUGAUAAUCCAGAGAGGUUAAACUACUGGUGUGUCCUGGGCUCUGAGGGCUUUAACUCAGGGACUCACAGCUGGGACGUCGAGGUUGGAGACAAUACAUACUGGGAACUGGGUGUGUUAGCAGAGUCUGUCCAGAGGAAAGGAGUCAUACACUCUGGAUUAUGGAGAAUAUGGUUCUGGUCUGGUGAAUACACAGCAGUCUCCCCACCACAUCAAGACACUGCUCUCUCCUUUGAGAGGCAGCUCCAGAGGAUCAGAGUCAAUCUGGACUGUAACGGAGGAAAACUGUCGUUCUCUGAUCCUGAUACUAACACACACAUACACACCUUCACACACACUUUCACUGAGAGGAUGUUUCCAUUCAUUUAUUCUGGGGAUGAUCUCCCACUGAAGGUUUUACCACUGAAGGUCUCUGUGACUGUAGAACAACAGGAAUGAAAGACGUGUUUCAGAUCUGAUGGUUUAUGACUCACAGCAGUCAGACAGAUGCACCAUGUUGGAUUUGUUGCUGAUAUAUAACAAGUGAUUUGGCCCAUAACUUUGUUUCCGUCCUCAUGUCAGUGAUCAUCAUCAAGUCUCUUCUGUAGAUGAAUUAACAUCAUACACACAGACUGUAGAGGGAGACAUGAAACACUGUUCAGUGUGUGUAACAUUUAUUCAUUGUGCUGAAGAAGAAAAGGAAAGGCUCAGAAAUAUUGACAGUGGUGUUUUGUGUGGAUGACAGAAUAUGUUCUGCUCUGGGGACAGUUUCCAGCAGCUUCUGGAGGAUGUCACAUGAGAACUGAAUAAAUUCAACAUGUGGUUUGAUUCAAACUAAUUCUCAUUAAAUCUGAGCAAAACCAAAUGAAUGCUGUUUGGAAACGGGAUAAUAGAGCUCAGAAUCUGCUUUAGACCGCAGACAGCAUAUGUUGGGGCCGCAAUUAAAAAAUGGUGACUUCAUGCAGUUUUGUUGUUUGUACACAGGGUGGCGCACUAGAGCAGGAAAAGGCAGGUGAUAUGGGUAAGGUAAAGGUGAUGAGCAGCAGGUGUGUGACGGGGCAAGCAAACAGUUUUUUGAAGGUGAAGUGUGGCAGCAUGAAGAGUUUGGAUGGAGACUUAGACACUGAGCUGUGACACACUCAGACUGUGAAGUGGAAACCUACCUGAGAUUAACAGUGUUUACCUGUGAGAGCUGAGCACCUGGAAAUAAAUGAGUCACCGCACUCUAAGAAACCUGAUGAUGAAGUGGAUGCUGGUUUCUUGUUGCUGCCCAGAACGUUCCCUUCAGAGCCUUGAAGCUAGCGCUUGUUAUUCAAAGACUUUACAGCGUAGUGAACACAGUGUGUUACAGACACAUAGUGGAUCACACAGCUCUGUAAUGUUCUCUGAUAUCACCGCCAGGACGGGCAGUAUUUCUAUUGCUUCUAUUUAAAAUACGUAUUUCAGUUACAUUUGAGUAUUUUGUAAUUAGUAUUUGAUGAGGCCGAUAAAAAGCAAAUGUAAUUUGUAACAAAAUACUUUUGAGUGGAGUAAUUUUGUAUUUAAAAUACUCAAAAUACUUUCUCCACAAAU